UUUAAUGAAAGGAUUGGCGUGAACGGAUCAAAGCCAAAGUUCAAAACUGUUUGUAGACUAGCCUAGGCUACAGAAUAUUUUUUGUGCGUAAACUAUCGCUUCUGCCAACUCAUUGUACGUGCAUGACGAAGACAAUCAGGUGGAACAGACUCGCCGUGUGUCGUGAAGGAUGUCCAAGUUACCGGGAUCUACGGGGAUAUCACUCCUAGGUGACAAGUCUCUCGAAUUUUACCGAGACCCAAUAACUUUUUGUGAGCGUCGCAUUGAGAAGCACAACAGUCGAAUAUUUCAAGCCAGACUUCUGAACAAAUCAACAUCGUUCGUGUGCUCCGUGCAAGGGAUGAAAGAACUCCUCUGCGACAAAUCAUCCGUGUUCCUUAAAGACCCUGCGGAUGUCAUGACUUACACGUAUGGUGACAACAUUGUUACAACCAACGGGGAGGAGGCCAGUCUGUUGCGUCUCUCUCUGAUGAAUCUCUUCUCGGGAAAGUGCCUGGCCUCCAGCUCUGAUUACAUUAACAGUGUGUGUGAGCGCAGCCUGAAGGACCUGUCCUCAAGCGGGCAGCCCCAGUCAGUCUACCCGGUCUUCAAGCGUCUGGGCUCGGAGCUGGUGCUGGGCCUCUUCCUCAACGUCAAGGCCGAGGAGACGCCAGACACCUUCGAGGAGAUCACGCGCCUCUGCACCCUCCACUGGCACGGGUUGAUCUCGGCCCCUGUCAACAUCAAGGUGCCUCUGUGGUCCUCUGGCUUCAGCACGGCCCUGGAGGCCAAAGACAAGCUCAUGGACAUCAUCAAGGAGAAGCUGGAGGACGAGCAGGAGCAGGACGGGUUUGUUGGCUGCCUGCGUUCUCUGCCUCUGCCGGACCCCAGCUGUGCCCCUCAGCACCUGUUGCUCUUCAUCUCUGCUCUGAUCCCCAAGGCACUAGCCUCCCUCCUCACCUCCUUCACGCUGGCACUGGCUGGGCCCCACAAGGAGGAGAUGCGAGCGCGAGCCCGGCAGGACCCCACAUACCUGCACCAGGUGCUUCUGGAGGUGCAGAGGCUGUGGCCCCCUUUCAUUGGUGGAAGACGCAUAGCCAAUCAGGACACGACGCUAGGCGGCUACCACAUCCCUGCUGGCUCCGCUGCCAUGUACAUCAGCUAUGCAGUCCACCGAGACCCAGACGUCUUCCAGCAGCCACACGACUUCAGGCCCAACAGGUGGGCAGGAAGGAAUGCAGGGCAGGAGAAUCUGCUGUGCAGUUUAGGAAAUGGCCCCAGGAACUGCAUCGGAGUGCAGCUGAACCUCGUCUUUCUCAAGGCUGCAUGUGGUUAUCUUCUGCAACACUACGACUGGACCCUGAGCCCAUCUGACCAGAACCUCCAGUACAAAUGGCUGCCUGUCAGCAGACCAGAGGAACCGCCCAGAAUCCUGUUCACUGCUCUCCCUGACCAGCCCUCGUGUCCAACCCACCAUACCACACACACCAGCACUCACACCAAGACACAGAAAGACACUAAUGAUUGACAAGACAGGACGAGUAAGGGCCACCACAUACUGGUUCCGACAAGGCGCAGAGCAGUGCUCUGCCAACAGAUUCCAGUUGCUACGUUUACAUGAGACAUUUAAU